UUAAUUUAUGUAUUCUCUCUCUUAGUAUUGAACAGAGAGAAACAGGAAAGAACCAAAAGAAACACCAAACCGGGAGAGUCAUGGUGUCAACGAGACGAAGUGGAUCUCUUUCUGGUAACAAUAGUAAGAGAUCUUCGUCUUCUGAGGAUAAGCCGCCGUCACCGAAGCGUCAGAAGGUCGAAAAUGGGGGAGCGGCGGAGAAACCGAUGCCGGCGACGGAUAAUUCCAAGGAAAUGUGCGUUCCGGCGGCGGCGGAUCCCGGAGAAUGCGGGACUGGAGAUGCCCCGAUCGCGGGAGAGGGUGUGACUGGCGGGAAGACAGAGGCCACGUCAGCAGUGGCCAUGGCGACACCGGUCGCUGAAGGGUCGACACCGGUUGUGAUGGAGAAGCCGAGGAGUUCAUUCUCUUCUUGGAGUUUAUGUCAUAAAAAUAAUCCAAGUUUUGACGCUGCAAUGCCUUGGUGCAGGCUUUUGUCUCAGUCUGGACAGAAUGCAAAUGUACCUAUUUGCUCGUCAAACUUCUCAAUUGGAUCAAACAGACACUGCGAUUUUCAUUUAAAGGACCAGGUCAUUAGUGCAAUUCUAUGCAGGAUAAAGGAUAUACAGAGCGAAGGCAGUAACGUGGCCAUGCUAGAAAGCACAGGAAGCAAGGGUUCAGUGCAAGUAAAUGGGACAAUUGUGAAGAAGACUACCAGUUGUGUGCUUAAGUCAGGUGAUGAGAUCGUCUUUGGUUCACUGGGGAACCAUGCUUAUAUAUUUCAACACCUCUUGCCUGAGGUUGCAAUUAAAGGUACAGAGGUUCAAAGUAGUGCAGGAAAGUUUUUGCAGCUUGAGAGGAGGACAGGGGAUCCUUCGGCUGUGGCUGGGGCUUCCAUUUUGGCAUCUCUUUCCAGCCUGAGGCAAGAUUUAUCACGUUGGAAAUCUCCACCUCCAACCACCGGUAAACUCCACCAAGGGGCUGAGUUGCCUACUCCUGUUGAUCCUGAUGGUACAGAGGUUGAUCUUGAUCGUGUGGAAGGCAAUUCAGCUGUAAACGGAGAGAAUGAUAAAGCUGCAGACGUUGGAGCAGCUGGCAAGAAUAUUUCUCUUGAAGGCAACCAGGAUGCUGGCAUAGAGGCAGGCAAUGUAAAACUCUCUGGGGUAUUGGACGAAAGAAACGAGUGGAGAAGGGAUUCGCAGCCAGCAUCAACGGUGGGUAUGUCUCUAAGGUGUGCAGUCUUCAGAGAAGACAUUCGUGCUGGAAUUCUUGAUGGUGCAAACUUACAGGGGUCAUUUGAAAAUUUCCCAUACUAUCUAAGUGAGAAUACAAAAAAUGUGCUGAUUGCAGCUUCAUAUAUACACUUGAAGCACAAAGAACAUGCAAAGUAUACUUCAGAGUUAACUACUGUGAACCCACGGAUCUUGCUUUCUGGUCCUGCAGGGUCUGAAAUCUAUCAGGAGAUGUUGGCAAAGGCACUUGCACAACAUUUUGGGGCUAAAUUGCUAAUAUUUGAUAGUCAUUCACUUUUGGGUGGUUUAUCUUCUAAGGAAGCUGAGCUGCUGAAGGAUGGAUCAAAUGCUGAAAAAUCAUGUGGCUGCCUUAAACAAGGUCCUAUAUCCACUGAUUUGACUAAGAAUGUGAACUUGUCUGUUAGUGAAUCAGAUGUACCUAGCUCUUCAGAUCAACCUUCUUCACAUGGUCCAGAAUCUCAACCAAAGAUGGAGACUGAACCGGUACCAGCUUCUGCCGGGACAUCUAAGAGUCACAUGUUCAAAUUAGGUGACAGGGUAAGAUACAUGGGUUCAGCUUCUGGUGGCAUAUAUCCACCGUCAUCUCCUGCAAGGGGCCCACCUUACGGCUUUCGUGGAAAGGUUGCAUUGCUAUUUGAAGAAAAUCCUUUGUCAAAAAUUGGUGUAAAGUUUGAUAAACCGGUACUUGAUGGUGUUGACCUUGGUGGUUUAUGUGAAGGAGGUCAAGGAUUCUUCUGCAAUGUUACUGAUCUUCGUUUGGAGAACACUGGUGUGGAAGACUUGGAUAAGUUACUCAUCAACACACUGUUUGAGGUGGUGUACAGUGAAAGCCGAAGUUCUCCGUUCAUUUUGUUUAUGAAAGAUGCUGAGAAGUCUGUUGCAGGAAAUUCAGAUUCAUAUUCCACAUUUAAAAACAGAUUGGAAAAGCUACCUGAUAGAGUGAUUGUGAUUGGUUCACACACUCAUUCUGACAAUCGUAAGGAGAAGGUAAUGUUUUCUUGA